AGUUUCACCGGAUUAUAACCCAUAGAUGGGAGCCUGACGUGUGAUCGGAAGCAAGGAAUUUUAUAACGGGGAAAUUGGUACUCAAUCAACAUGCUUACUGAUGAGGAAAUCAAACAGAAACAGGCACGGAUCAAGGAAAGCAGAGAGCUACGUCGUGCACUGAUCGAUGAUCGUCACAUGCAUAUUGUAAGUCAGUUGGAACGCUAUUUCGGUUUCGAUGGUCCCACCAUUUGCGACUGGCUGUUGGACAGCCAACAACUGGAAGCAAUGCAAGAAUUUUUUGCGAAAGAUCGCAGUAAAGUCCUCUUUGUUGCCUGCGCCGAAGCUGGUUUCACUCUGGUCAAGUCAAAGGACACAUUCCGAAUUUAUAAAAAGAGCUCCAAAUUGACAAAGCGGCUAUAUUUCCACUCUGGUCAAAUGCCAUUCACUAGUGAAACGGCGAUUUUCCUUCGGUUUGAUAACAAGGAAGCAAUUACUAUGAAGAAUAUCCGCACGGAUGUGUUUUCAUGCAAGUUUGAAAUGGCCGAGGGAUUCCUUCAGCCCCUGCACACUUUCAUGAGCAAAGCAUUCCUACCUCUGCUGUGGAUGCAAACUUCAUAUCUAGGAAAUCUGAAUCAUCAGGAACGAAGUGCCUAUUUUGAAUACGUGGAAAGCUAUCUCAAGAAUCUUUCGACUAUUAUUGUUUGCUCAAAAGAACAGGUGACUCUGGCCACCUCCAAACUACCAGAUCAUCUCCAGAAUGCGGAUGUAGAGACUCUUAUGCAGCUGUGUCAUCAUCCGGAAAUCUUGAACUACUUGGAGGAGAGUGCCUCACACUGGAUGAAGCAGAUUGAUGAGGAAGUAAAAGAAGUAGAACUGCUGCGCGUCGAAAGGGAACAAAAUGGCCCACAUGGAGAAUUUGAUUUUUGGAAGUGCCGAAUGACACGCAUGAACUCCUUGGCCACUGAGCUACGCCGCCAGGAUAUACAAAAAGUACUCAGCUGCUUGCAGUCAGCCAGGUCAAAAGUCAUGGAGAAGUGGAUCGACCUAGACAAAAAGGUGACGAACGCGUACAAUGAGGCAAAAGAGAACGUGAAAUUUUUGUCCACAGUGGAAAAACUAUGUGCUCCGCUCAAUCAAACGGAUCUGAAACUGAUUAUCAAGAAAAUGCCCAAUUUACUCAAAUCGUUGGGAUUGAUUUAUCAGCAUUCUACCUUCUACAACACAUUCUCCAAUAUGACAGUUUUAUUUGUGAAGAUUACCAAUCAAGUUAUCGCUACCUGCAAGCGAUUUCUCACUCAGGACCACACCAAAUCUAUUUGGGAGCAAGACAGUGAGGUGAUUAUUAAGAAAAUGAACGAGUGCAUUGAACUGAACCUAGCGUACCAGGAUGCGUACCGACGAACACGACAAGAGAUGAUCGAAUCAGGGGCAAAACACGCCUUCAACUUCUCAGAGGUCCAAAUAUUCGGUAACAUGAAUUUGUUUACUCAAAGACUCGAAUACUUGACCCGUGUACUACAGACGCUGGGACGGUACGCCACUUUACGAAGUUUUGUACUAGAAGGGAAGGAACCACUUAUUGUCAAGCUGGAUCGGCUGCAUUCCAUCAUCACUUCAAAGCAAUACGAUUAUCUCGAUCAACGCAAUCAGCAAUUCGAAGUUGAUUAUGAAGACUUUAAGAACCGAAUAGCGGAUCUUCAUGCCAACCUACUCACCAUCAUCGCGGCAUAUUUUCGUAAACCGUCAGGCUUGCUUUCUAAAAUUAAAUUACAAGAACGGUUAGAAACCCUCAAGAUACCAGAACUGAAUCAUAAAGAGCGUUAUGAAAUUAUAUGCAAAGGGUUGAAAGAUGAGCUGAUAAACGCAGCUCGCUUGUUCAAAAAUGGCGUUGCUGAUCCUCCUUUGGACAGAAACAUGCCUCCAUUCGCCGGUGAGUUUCAUGAGGACAAUUGUAGAACCCGAUCCUUAGCCUUUUACUCACAACAUUUAGAAGUUGACUAACAACAGUAGCUGCAAACCAGACGUGUAAGUCUCUAUAACACGAAAAUCGAUGUGUGCAGUCGACUAGAUCUGGCAGUAAACUUCAUACUAUAAGAAGUACUGGAAGUGUAUAAUGGAAAUUGUAAGUAAUAUCAAGGUUGUGAAUUGAAAUAGAUGGUAAAAUGGGAGUCACACUAAAAUAGUGUAGGGGUGGUAUGCAAAGAAGCAGCUCAUGUCACUUCAGAUUCCUAUCAGUUUCAGGGUAAAGAUUGCUAGUACCCCAGAGGUAUUGUCUUCGUGAACAGAGUGGUCACUUGUACUGUGAAUACGUUCAAACAACAAACAAUGGUUUACCACAGGUUAAAAAGCAAGUACUUAACGAAUCCACUAGGAUGGCGGGAGUAACAACUAUAAUAUCAAAGGCUAUAUGAAUUAUAUCCCGAACGUCCAUCGAGAUAAUGCGUGGAUACAUAACUUGAGUGCAACAUAAUAAGCUGAUGCAAGCAUGCAGAACAACACGGAGUGCAGUAAUCGUUGAUGUAAAUCGCGGGAAAAAUAAAAUAUGACCCCUCACUCAUGUGCCACAUUAAGCCGGUAGAAGCGCACGUAGAAAUUGAUCCACGGUAGCGCAGCUUAGGUAAUGAAGUACUGAGAGCUAAGAGAAACAUACAAUCACCUUUUGUAGAGGUGCAAACUAGAGGAGAAUACGGCUAAUUUUGGAAGAUUCCCAGGGUUGGCAAACCCGAAGAGGGAAGUGUUUUCGUUGACACUCACACAGUUUCAGGCUGUUACCUCUGAGCUUGGUGUUGUGGCCAAGUUUAGCAAAUGGCGUCAUACGUGGUUUGGGUCACCCAAUAUUUAGUACACUAAUAUGAGAUGGCUGCGUUACCUUCGGUAGCGUCCACUGAAGGCUCCCAGCAACUGCACUCUUGGCUGGUAAGAGCGAUCGCACAGGUCCUUAGCAUUAUUUGUUGCCCUGCGUUGUUUUAUCUGCAGCAUCUCUAGAUUGCGCUUCAACCGUGGGUGUAUUUUGCGUGAUAGCGCGUGUAGGAAUUGUACAUCAUUGGGGAAGCUUGGUGGGUCAAACCUCCGAAAUGCCGUUCGUAGCAGACCGACAAGCUGUUGCCUCUUUUUGCAGCGGCCUUGGACUAUUUUGAACAGUUGUGGUCCCUCUGUCCAAACCAACCAAGGUCACUUUUCUGUGAGCCGGUUCGUUGUCUAUGUGCCCCGAGCUAACACCAGUCAUGUCUAUGGCGCAGUUAAACAACUCGACAUUUUCAACAUUAAAUGGUAGGGUAUUCUGAACUGACCAAUUCGCAAUCUUGUCAAGAUUGCACUGGAGCCGUUGGUGGUCGUUCGGUCCUCUGUUCGUUCAUCCUAUGUUGAUAUCAUCUG